GAAGCACAUCCUGGGAAGCAAAAUGCGUUGUGCACCCCUGUGCCAGUUCCUGUGGCUCUGGCCCUAUCUGUCCUACGUUCAAGCUGUGCCCAUCGGAAAAGUCCAGGAUGACACCAAAACCCUCAUCAAGACAAUUGUCACCAGGAUCAAUGACAUUUCACACACGCAGUCGGUCUCCUCCAAACAGAGGGUCACCGGUUUGGACUUCAUUCCUGGGGUCCACCCUGUCCUGAGCUUGUCCAAGAUGGACCAGACGUUGGCGAUCUACCAACAGAUCCUCACCAGUCUGCCUUCCAGAAACGUGAUCCAAAUAUCUAAUGACCUGGAGAACCUCCGGGACCUUCUCCACCUGCUGGCCUCCUCCAAGAGCUGCCCCUUGCCCUGGGCCAAUGGCCUGGACACCCUGGAGAGCCUGGGUAGUGUCCUGGAAGCCUCACUCUACUCCACGGAGGUGGUGGCCCUGAGCAGGCUGCAGGGGUCUCUGCAGGACAUGCUGCAGCAGCUGGACCUCAGCCCCGGGUGCUGAGGCCUUCAAGGCUGCUCUUCCCCCAAGGACAACGUUGAGGAAGGAAACCUUGGCUUCCAGGUGUCUCCAGGAGAAGAGAGCCUUGUGUGGGCACCCCGUACCCAGGACUCUGUCCAUU